AUGGACGGAGCCAGCGGCGUCAGUAGCGGCGGAGAAGUCUCAUCCCAAUUACCGGCACCGACACCGAUGCAAAACUCAAACUCGCCGCCUCCGUUUUUGAGCAAGAUGUAUGACAUGGUGGAUGACCCUUCCACUGACGCCGUAGUUUCAUGGAGCGCAACCAAUAACAGUUUUGUUGUUUGGGACCCACCGGAAUUCGCUAGGGACCUUUUGCCGAAGUACUUCAAACACAACAACUUCUCAAGCUUUGUUAGACAGUUGAAUACAUAUCAACUAAAUGGAGCUGAAGAGGGAAGUUUGACAAAGAAAGCCAUUCUCAGGUUAAUAUGUUACUUGAUUAUGGGUUCUUGGAGAAAUGUUUGCUAUGAAGCGGGUAUUGGCCCUAAAAGGGUUCAGGAAAUUAUAGAAGUUGUGGACGAAACACCAAAAAAAGGAACUCAACAAGAAAGAGUUCAAAAGGUUGAUCACAAUUUGGACAAAGAGACUAUUGCAAAGAAAAUGGAGAUAGACAAACUCUCGCAACCAAAAGUAAUGAAAGAUCAUGCACAUGGUGACAAAGAAGUUGUACAAGAAACACCAAAGAAAAGAACUCAAGUGAAAGCUACAGUGAAUAGAGAAAGAAUUCAAAAGGUUGAUGGAAAAUUGGACAACCACAUUGCUAUGAAGAAAGCAGAGAGACCUAAGCUUUUGCAACCACAAGUUAAGGAAGUUCUUGCACAUGGAAACAAAGAAGUUUCACAAGAUGCUUCCUACAUCAUGUUUUGGGCAGAAUCAUUGGUUCAGAUGGUAGCGGCUUGCCAUGAUGAUGUAUUAGGUUCUGUUCACCUUAUUAGGAAGCGGUAUGAACUAAAAGAAAAGUGGAGUGGAAAUUGGAAGAAAGCUUCUAAAGUCGUGACAAAGGCAUAUUGUGAGUUCAAAACGGAUCAGAAAACUAUUCUGCAAAAGAAGGAUGAUCAGAACAAGGUUCUGAAAAGCCAACUAGAUCUUUUCCAAGACAUUCCUAGAGAGAACGUUGGAGAUGGUUUGGGUGUAUUGGAUCCGAGAGUUGGAAUUUGA